GUAACUUACGUACGUUCAUUUUGCUCGGUUCGAUAUAUAGUUAAAUUCUUACCAAACGGUUCAUUGGCUCCGAGAUUAAAUAUUGAUAGUAAUGUAUUAUUAAGUAAAAUCUCAGAAUAUGAUGAUUGUGAUUGUUCGGCAUCAGAUUCCAAUGUGUUAUAUAUUUCAAGUUAUACAGAUCCUAUCAACAGUAAUGAUGAUGAUUGUGAAAUAAAAUCUAUAAAAAACAAUACUGGUGAUAAUGAUAAUCACAAAUUAAUUAUGAAAUCAAAGAAAACACAGUACAGUAAUUAUAGGUAUGGUGGAAAAAAUAAAAGAGGAAAGCGCCUUAAAGAGUCUACUAAGAAUAAUGGCAAAUUGUAUCAUAAUAAUAAUACAUCAGAUACUACAGACAGCUCUGAUGAACAUUUUCAUUCAUCAUCUAGAUCAAAUCGUAUUUCACAAUUUUCAGCUCAAGAAUCAGGCAAAUCAAGCACAUGUGACUUAGAACGAGAUCGAUUUCCUCAUCGUCCAGAUGCAGAUGGUGAGAGUGAUACUGCCAUCGCUGCCACAGGAUCACCUAGUUUAAUGCAACAUGAUGAAACAAAGUUUAACAACAAUUUGUCAGAAUCUCCUAUUCCUUCAGCUAGUUUAACUUCAACAUCAUUAAUACUACCGCCACCGCCACCACCACCGCCCAUGAUUUCUUCACCUGCACUACAAGGAGGAGCAAAUGGUAGUAGCAAUUGGAGAGAACAAUUGCAAGCAAGGUUAAGAAGUAAAAAGAAUAAUUCCACAGAUAAAACAUCUACACCAAUAAAAAGUUAUUUGUGGAUAUCACAAAGUCCUGCUGAUAUGUCAGAAGUAUUGAAAGAAUUACAAAGUGGAUCCAUUAAACUACGUUCAAUACCAAGAUCACCCGGUGGCACACCGAUAAAACAGAAACAUUCUCCUACAAUCAGUGGCUCUGAUCCAUGUGCAAUUAUCACUCGGGCAUUACACUCUAAAUUUUCACAUCUUCGUUCUAUGAUGGACAGUUCUACUAGUGAUGAAGAAGAAAACCAGUAUAUGGGAUUUUGUCCACAAUUUAAAUAUAGAUAUGGUCAUACUUUUGGUAAAGAAACAUCAGAAAUAGCUAAAGGAUCACAUCAUUUUUACCCUGUUACUAGGGAGAAUAAUAAAUUUGAUCCAUUAAGAUCUAAGUUUAAUUAUGAUGUUCCUGGAAGAAUGUUACCAAAAUCAACAGGAGAUAAUAAAUAUACAGAAGGAAUGAUACCAGGAUAUUCUGGUAAUAUACCACAAAUGAAUUUUAAAUUUGGUCGAACAUAUCGUAAUCUAUCUGAUGAAUGCGUUGAUCAAUUAGUUAAAGAAUAUAAAUCUUCUGAGUUAAGACAAAACAGAUUAAAAGAAUCAUCCAACUUGAUGACUAAUCUUCAUCCUGUAACAUAUGAUCCUUUAGUUAAGAAUCAUUUAAAUACAUGGACUGACGAUAUGGUUAAGAAGAAUUCUGAUGUUCAUUCGUAUAUGAGUUCAAAUGAACCGCCUAUUCCUGAAAGUGGUUUAGCUAAACGUUUUCAUGAAGCUGCUCAAAGUAGUUUAGAAACAUUUAGAGCUGAAUGUAAAAAUCAUUUUGAUCAUAUGGAUAUGCCGAUGACUAGAUUAGAUACUUCAUCACGUCCACAUAGUUCAAUACCAUAUACACCAAAUAGUAAUUAUUAUAGUGCAAGAAUAUUUCAUCAAGAAGGUAUGAUACCAGAUUAUGAAGUUCAUAUACAUGGUUAUCAAUAUCAUGUUGGAAAGAAUUUUGGUAAUACAACACGUGAUUUAGAAGUAUGUGCUCAUCCAUACUCUUGUUAUGGAGAAUAUUUAAAAAUAAAAGAUUUAACUAAAAAAUAUCUUUCAUAG